AUGGCCCUUCCGACGCGAGGACGAGUGAUUGUCGACACAACUGCGGGAGAGAUUGACAUUGAGCUGUGGUCAAAGGAAACACCGAAAACAUGUAGGAAUUUCAUUGCUCUGGCCAUGGAAGGCUACUACGACGGUGUCAUAUUCCACCGGAUCGUUCCCAACUUCCUGGUACAGACGGGAGAUAGAACGGGCACGGGUGCAGGUGGAGAAUCCUUCUACGGAGAGCCAUUCGAAGAUGAGAUACAUCCGCGAUUGCGUUUCGCACACCGAGGGCUUGUUGCAAUGGCCAACAACGGCGAGAAGAACUCGAAUGAUUCACAAUUCUUCAUUACGCUGGACCGCGCCGACGAACUUCACGGCAAACAUACGCUCUUCGGCCGUGUGAUCGGUGAUACGCUCUACAACGUGUUGAAGAUUGGUGAAAUGGAGGUUGACGACAACGAGCGACCGCUCUACCCGCCUAAGAUCAAGUCCGUUCGUAUCGUCGACAACCCCUUCCCGGAUAUUAUCCCACGUAUUACCGCUGAGGAGAAACGCGCACAACAUCGUGCACGGGAGAAAGCCCAGAGGGCGCGAGAAGAGGAGCAACGACGACGAGGAGCGAAGAAGGACGUCAAGUUGCUCAGCUUCGGUGCGGACGAGGGCGGUGAGGAGGAAGAACCCGUAUUGUUCAAGAAGAAAGCUAUCGUUCGCCCUGAUCUGCUUGAGCCUGUACAGGCCAUCGGAAUGCCCGACUUGAAUGGCCCACCUGUCAAGGAGAAGAAGUCGAAACAGACAAAAGGCCACAGCGAAGAGUCGAAGACGCCUGAGGCCUCCUCGAAACCGUCCAAGAAAGAGGACAUCGAGAUCAUCAAAAUCCGCGAGAAACACGCCCAAGAAAAGGCAGCAGAGAAAACCGCACGCCAGACUGAGAUUGAGAAGAUGGAGGCUGACAUCCGUAAGCUGACACAGCGGGCCGCGGGCGAGGACAGCGAUGAGGAGCGCGCGCGGAAGAAGCAGAAGCGUUCCUAUCUCGAAGAGGAGAUGGCCAAGUACACGAAGGGCCGCGGCGUGCACAAGAAGGGCAAGCGGAAGGAUGAGGGUGAUGUCCUCGCAGCGCUGAACAGCUUUCGGAGCAAGAUCAAUCGCACUACGCCUGAGGAAGGAGAUUCCGGCGAACCUGGUGCCUCUCAUGUGGAUGGUGAGGCUGGUGUGAGCGAGGGGGCCGCAGCUGUUGGGACGGGAGAAGAGGAGGGCAUGGAAGUGGAUGAUGAUUUCGGGUUCUUGGGGCAUAAGCUGUCUUUUCCGAAAGGGAAUGAAGAGGAGGUGGCCAAGGCGGAACGAGACUACGAGGUCAUUGAUCCGAGGCAGAGAGGCGCGAGGGCGAAGGAGGAGGAGAGGGAGAGGAAGCGAGCGAUGAAACCGAAGGAUGGGAGACGAGGGUACAGGCGAUAG